CGGCGCCGGGCGGCAUCAGAGCCCCAGCAGGAGCCGCGGCAACCACCACCACUUCUACUUCCCGCUUCGUCGCCGCCGCCGCCGCCGCCGUCUUCUUCAGUGGCCGGUACGGUACCUGCUCCUUUUUGCUGGGCCCAUUGGGAACGCCGGAAAGACCGGGGAGGGACUCGCGCAAGCAAGCAAGCGGAAGCGGUUUCGGGAGCAGAAGCGCGACCCACGCCCCAAGCCAGGCCCGGAGGGAGGGAAGCAAACCAGCGAGAAGGAAGGAAGGAAGGAAAGCGAGCAAGCGAGCCCAACUUCCCUCUUUGCCCCAUCCUCCUCCCCUGCUCCCCUCCCUGAUGUGCACGAAGAUGGAGCAGCCUUUCUACCCUGACUCCUUUCUCUCCGGCUACAGCCAGGACUACAAGGCGCUGAAGGCGUCCGGCAUGGCGCUGAACCUCUCCGCCGAGCCCUCCUCCUCCUUCCGCGGGCUCAAGGCCCCGCUGGCCCACCACCCGCAGCAGCUCCGCGCCCAGGAGGACUUCUUCCCGGCCGGCCUGCCCCCGCACGCGCCCUCGGAGGGCGCCAACGCCGUCAACUCGCUCAAGCUGGCGGCGCCGGAGCUGGAGCGCCUCAUCGUCCAGAACGGGAGCAGCAGCGGCAGCGGCGUCAUCGCCACCACCCCCACGCCCGGACAGUACUUCUACCCGCGCGGCGCCACCGAGGAGCAGGAGGGCUUCGCCGACGGCUUCGUCAAGGCUCUCGACGACCUGCACAAGAUGAACCACCUCCCGCCGCCCAACGUCUCCCUCGGGGCGGCGGCAGCGGCAGCGGUGGCGGCCUCCUCCACGGCGAGCGGCGGGUACCCCCAGGAGCCGCCCCCCAUCUACACCAACCUGACCAGCUAUAACCCGCCCGCCCUGAGCGGCUCGCCGGGCUUCCCCAGCGCCAACCUGAGCUACCUGCCGCAGCACCUGGGCCUGGGGGGGCACCACCCGCACGCCAGCCCCCACCCGCACGCCGCCCACUCCCACGCCGGGCGGGGCUUCAAGGAGGAGCCGCAGACGGUGCCGGACGUGCAGCAGAGCCCCCCGGUGUCGCCCAUCAACAUGGAGGACCAGGAGCGCAUCAAGGUGGAGCGGAAGCGGCUGCGGAACCGGCUGGCGGCCACCAAGUGCCGCAAGAGGAAGCUGGAGCGCAUCGCCCGCCUGGAGGAGAAGGUCAAGAGCCUCAAGAGCGACAACGCCGGCCUCUCCAGCGCCGCCAGCGCCCUCCGCGACCAGGUGGCCCAGCUCAAGCAGAAGGUCCUCAGCCACGUCAACAGCGGGUGCCAGCUCCUCCUCACCGCCAAGAUGCAGCAGUCCUUCUGAGAGAGAGAAAAGAGAAGGGACUCUCGCGCCAAAAGUUUACACGGGGCCAAAGGAGGGACUCCGCCUCCUCCUCCCCCUCCCCCCAUGUCCUUGACUCUCAAUCUGGUGGAUCCAGAAGCCGACCUGUGCUGAGUGUGUACGAGUUCUUUUCUAAAAUCGCUGUAUGUGAGAGUGCAAUUUGUGUGUUUGUAUUUAAAACUAUUGGAAUCCGGGGAGUGGGGCGAGCUCCCGCUGUUAGCCCCAGCUUCUGCCGACCUAGCCGUUCGAAAACAUGCCAAUGUGAGUAGAUCAAUAAGAAGGUAAAGGCGCUCCAUGCCGUCAUGCCGGCCACAUGACCUUGGAGGCGUCUAUGGACAAUGCCGGCUCUUCGGCUUAGAAGUGGAGAUGAGCACCAACCCCCAGAGUCAGACACGACUAGACUUCACCUCAAGGGGGAAAACUUUAUUAUUUAAAACAAAGCAAAAGACAGGAAGCCUUCCUCCGCCGCAUCGCUGGAUGGUGCGGCGGAAACGGACGGACCUCCUCCUCCUUGUGCUGCCAGUAGGAACAAAAGGGACGACGCUCUAUUUAUACCCAAAGGGACCAGAGAAGGAGAGGGGCCCGGCUGCACUGUCCGCCCUCUUCCUCCUCCUUGACUUACGGACGAAAGAAAGAAAGAGACCGGAGGGAGGGGUUGUUUGUUUACUACUUGUGCUCUUAUUAGUUCCUUGGAGUCCUCACGUUCAUUUCCUUCCCCCCCUUUCCCUGAAACUGAUUGUAUUUGUGUUUUUGGAUUUUUAUUGAACCUAUUUAAGUAAACACGUUCUAACUAA